AUGCCGGCCGCCGACAAGGUCGGAUCCUGGCUCGGCCAGAAGGGAGCCAAGAAGGGAAAGGAGGCGUACGAGAGCGACUCGGAGGCCUCCGAUAUCACCGAGCCGGAACAGAAUGCUCAUACCCCGGACAACGAUGAGGUGGUCGACGACGACGAGAUCGUGGAGGAGGACAAGGACAGCCGGGAAGCGAACAUCGAUUGGGCCGACGUACUGCCCAAGAUUCGGCCGGCACUCCUGGACCCCAGCAAGAAGCGGAGAGAACAGUUCGCCUCGCGCUACCUUUACGUGACGCCUGAGUCGCCGGCUCCGGAGUCAACAGGACAGCUCCUGCAGCAGCUCCUCAUGACCCUUACCGCCUCGACGGAGUGGAAGGCUGUCGACCUCAUCGUUCAGGUUCUCAUGGACCUUGUCAGGCGCGAUGAGGAGCAGCAGGCCCCGAUGAAGCUCGGAGACAAGCUCGUCAAGUGGGUUUGUGCCGAGACGGCCAAGGCCGUUGACGCCGCCAAGUCAGCCCCACCCCAGGUCCUCCUUCCCCAGCUCAACCUCAUCCUCGCCCUCAUCACCACCCUCCUCGGCUCUCGCUCCGAUGCCUUCGUUCAAUCGGCCCAGCUGAAGGACUUGCUCCUCUCCCUGGCCGCUGUCACUGACGGUAUUGAGGCCCGCCAGUCGCCCAACCCCCGCAAGGCAUGGCGCGUUCGCCACAAGGUCAACAUCCGUGUCUGGCGUGUGCUGCGCCUGCUCCGCGAGAACCUGCAGCUCGUCGCACAGACUCUGCUCAAGGCACCGCAGCCGCUGCGGUCCGCCGUGCUGCUUGGAAAUGUCGUUGGUGUCGCGCUCCGUGUCAAGAUGCCCAAGGGCAAGGCGCCGGCGCGUGAGGCGAUCGAGGCCGAGAAGCCCGCGAUCAUCGACUACUACUCCACCAACAUCCUCGGCUCCAAGGUCGCCCUCCAGCCGUACCUGUUCUCGUCGUUGAGCGAGUUCCUCUCCACCUUUGUCACCGACGCCGACCUCACCGGCAAGCUCAUCCCCGCGACAGAGCGUAUGAUGCUCCGCUCGCCCGAGAUCGCCCUCCCCGUUACCGCUGCGCUGCUCGAUGAGUGCAAGAAGGACAUCAGCGCUAUCGUGCCCGGCAAGCUGGUUGCGGGCGUUAUCUCGUCGUCCAAGUCGUCUAACGCGGAGACCCGCGCCAAGUCGGUCAACCUUUUCCAGGCCAUCGUCCGCAACACUGCCUCUGACGAGGCUCAGCUCAAGAUUGCCAACGAGGUCCUCUCCCUCCCCAAGACCGGCAAGACGGCCAACGCCGACCAGCGUGUCGCCCUCUACAACAUGGUUUCGUCUAUUCCGACGAGCGCCGCCUCUGUUGUGGUGGACACCCUGCCGCCACUUAUCGCCAAGGAGUCGAACGAGGCCGCCCUUAACGCUCUGGGAGCUGCUCUCGGUCCCCACCUUGCCGCUGUUCUCGUCUCUGACAAGCCGGUGGCCGCCGCUUCCGCUUCCGCUCUCACGAAGGAGCUGGCUUCGUCCAAGCUCUCCGUGCGCCGCGCCGUGUCCACUGCCGUCGGAGAGGCUGCUUGGACCACCAAGGAACCGUCGGCCGAGGGCCAGAAGCUCCUUGACUCGUUUGCCGCUCCCCUUGAGUCCAACCUCAAGACUGCUUCUGCCAACGUGCCCUCGAACCCGACCGGUUUCCUUGAGGGCUACGUUGCCGUCGCCCUUGCUCUUGGCCCGCUGAAGGACUCGAAGCUCGCUACUUCUGCUCCCAUGAAGGAGGUGCUCACCGUCUCGCCCAAGCCCUCGUUUGUUCUGAACGACAAGGCAUGGAUUAAGCUCCCCACCGAGACCGAUGAGCUCUGGCUUCUCCGUGCAGUUGCUGCUCUCAUCGCGAACAAUAACAUCGAGGACAAGGCCGUUAGGGUCGCCCUUGGCCUCGCGCUGAUCCACCUGGCAUUCGAGUCUAAGCACCCCAACGUUCGCCGCGAAGUGUACUCCACUGUCUCGGACCUGGCUGCCCAGCACCCUCGCAACACUGCUCAGAUCGUUCGCGAGGCUCUCAUCUCUUGGCUCCGCACCAAUGAGCAGCGCCGUGCUGCUGCCCGCGCCAAGGGUCCGACUGCUGAGGAGGAGGAGAAUAUCGUCUCCAAGUCCCGUGAAAUCGGCCGUCUCCUGUCUGCAGCUGUUUCUCGCGGAUCGGCCGACCAGGAGACGCUCGAGGAUAUCGCCGCCGACCUUAUCGUCAUCGCCCACCACCCCGAGAUUGGUGAAGAGUCGCAGGUGUCCUGGAUUACCAUUGUUCAGUCCCUUGGUCUCGACCCUGCCAACCUCGUCAGCGUCAAGCGCGAGCGCAUCCUCGACCUGCUUUGGGAGGUUGCCUCUGCUCCGCCCAAGGACGCCCGUUUCGCUGAGGCCGCCUACCGCGCCAUCGCUACCCUCGCCUUUGUCGACCCCGUGGAGUUCGUCGGAGACAUUCUUGCUAAGAUCAAGUCUGACCUCGACCCUGCUGCACUGGACUUCAUCGGCAUUGAGGAGCGUGGUAUCUGGCAGACGCCGUCUGAUCAGAUGUUCACCGAUGUCCUGUCGAAGAAGAGCGAUCAGGUCGAGAACAAAAACAGGAAGGAUUACGCUGUCGAGAAGUGGGAGCAGGAGGUGCGCGAGCAGCUCGCCAAGAAGAAGGCGACGACACCCGGUGCCAACCUCUCGAAGCAGGACAAGGCUCUUGUCGCCGCCCAGCUCAGGAAGGAGGCUGGUGUCCGUGAGGAGAUCGCUCUGGAGCAGGCCCGGCUCAAGCGCGGCCUCGAACUAGUCUCGAGCCUCGCUGCUUCUGGCGUUUCCGCUGUCGAGAGCCAGCUUGGCACUCUUGCUCACCUUCUGCUGAGCAGCGUCUUCGGCGCGGGCGCUUUCCUUGUCGAUGACCGUGCCUUCGAGGUCUUUAUCCAGAUCAGUGGUCUCGCUUCUGACCGUCUGGAUGAGUACCGCCGCCUGACCGCCGCCGCUAUUCUGCGCGGCUACGAGGCUCCGUUCGUCCCCGAGGACUACCUUCAGGAAGGAGCUUGCGAGCUCGUUACUCGCAUUCUCCACCAGAUUCUCUUCCUGGUUAACAAGGCGCCCCUGGACCCGACUACCUACGCCCUGGUUAGCAUGCUUUUGCACCGCGUCGUUGCCGUUGGCGGUAUCGGAUGCCAGUCGGCGCAGAGCGAUGAGGCUCAGGAGCAACUCACCCUCGUUGUUGGCAUCAUCGGCGCUUGCGUCGGCGAGUUCCAGGAUGACGCCUACCCUCGCCUGGAGACCAUUGAGGACCUGCUCAAAAUCAUCAGCACCCAGCCUCGUCUCGCCAAGGACGCUUCGUCAGCUCUUGCCGACCUCGGUACCGCAAUUCGCGACGUUGCCACCCCCGAAGAGAUCGCCGCCAUCAUCAAGGGCACUCUCUCUGGCGAGUCCAACGUUCGCAACUCGGCUCUCCAGGCCCUCCAGCCCAUCGACCUUACGGAGCUCAACUACUCCGAGGAGCUCUUCAUCGCCACGCACGACCCAGAUGCAGCCAAUGCUGCGCUUGCUGAGCACCUGUGGGAGGACAACGGCCUGGAUAUUCCGGAGACGUACCUCGACUCCCUUGUUCCGUACCUCUGCAACAAGUCCGGUGCCGUACGAAAGGGUACCGCCGAGGGUCUCACCGACGCCGCGGAGCAGCACCCGUCGCAGAUUGAGCCGACCAUCAAGGCGCUCGAAGACCUCUACGUCGCCGAGCUCAAGGCGCUUGAGCCUGAGAUCGACCGCUUCGGUAUGGUCAUUCCGGAGACGGUCAACAAGCCCGACCCCUACCAGUCGCGCGUCGCCAUCGCGGAGGCCCUCGAGAAGUUUGCUCCCCUUAUCCCCGACGGACAGGUCGAGCCGACUCUCAAGUUCCUCAUCGAGCGCGAGCCUCUCGGUGACCGCCACGAAGAGGUUCGCCGUGCCAUGCUGAACGCUGCCACCACCAUUGUCGACAUCCACGGUGGCAAGGACAUUUCUGGUCUCAUGAGCAUCUUCGAGACCAACCUUGCCACUCCUUCCACCUCUCAGACCACUGAUUACGUCAAGGAGAGCGUGGUUGUUCUCUUCGGUCGUCUUGCGUCCCACCUCGAGUCCUCCGACAAGCGUAUCCCGAAUGUUGUCGACCGUCUCGUCGAGGCGCUCAACACCCCCUCCGAGCUUGUGCAGUCGGCUGUUGCUGACUGUCUCCCUGCGCUCGUGCAGGACAUGGGUGAGGAGGCCGAGUACCUUGUUGAUCGCCUGUUCUCCACCCUCACCACCGGAAAGUCCUACGCCGCCCGUCGAGGUGCCGCCUACGGUCUUGCUGGUGUGGUCAAGGGCCGCGGUCUCCGCGCUCUCAAGGACUACGACCUCAUGGACAAGUUUACUGAGGCUGCCGAGGACAAGUCGAGCUACGAGGCUCGUGAGGGUGCCGUCUUCGCUUUCGAGACCCUCACUGCCACUCUCGGCCGUGUCUUCGAGCCUUACAUUGUUGAGAUCAUCCCGCUCAUGCUUAAGCUGUUCGGCGACUCGAACACCUAUGUCCGUGAGGCUACGCAGUACGCUGCCAAGAUCAUCAUGUCCAAGAUCUCCGGCCACUGUGUCAAGAUCAUUCUCCCCACUCUUCUUGACGCUCUUGAGGAGAAGCAGUGGCGUACCAAGAAGGGCUCGAUCGAGCUCCUCGGAUCCAUGGCGUUCUGUGCUCCUCGUCAGCUCUCGCUCUCGCUCCCAACCAUCAUUCCCCACCUCACUGGUGUCAUCAACGACUCGCACGCGCAGGUCAAGUCGGCGGCCAACGCUUCGCUCAAGCGCUUCGGUGAGGUCCUCAACAACCCCGAGGUCAAGUCGAUCCAGAGCACGCUCAUGAAGGCGCUCGCCGACCCCUCGGCGAACAUCACCAAGGCUCUCUCGUCGCUCCUCAAGACUACCUUCGAGCACUACCUCGACGCUCCGUCGCUUGCGCUUGUCAUGCCCAUCAUUGACCGUGGUCUUCGCCAGCGAUCGUCCGAGAUCAAGCGCAAGUCGGUACAGAUCGUUGGUAACAUGGCUUCGCUCACUGACUCGCGUGACCUUGUGCCCUACCUCCACGAGCUCAUGCCUCUCAUCCACGAGGUUCUGGUAGAUCCCGUUCCCGAGGCUCGUGCCACUGCCGCCAAGUCGCUGGGUACUCUCGUCGAGCGUCUCGGAGAGACCAACUUCCCCGACCUCGUCGACAAGCUCCUCCAGACCCUGCGUUCAGACACCUCCGGUGUCGACCGUCAGGGUGCUGCCCAGGGUCUUUCCGAGGUUCUCGCUGGACUCGGUAUCGAGCGCCUCGAGGCUCUUCUCCCCGACGUCAUUACCAGCACGGCUUCGCCCCGCGCUUACGUCCGUGAGGGUUUCAUCUCGCUCCUCAUCUACCUUCCGGCCACCUUUGGUCACCGCUUCUCGCCUCAUCUCGCCCGUAUUAUCCCGCCUAUCCUCAACGGUCUCGCCGACGAGUCCGAGUACGUGCGCGAUGCCUCCAUGCGUGCUGGUAAGAUGAUCAUCGCGAACUACUCGAACAAGGCUAUCGAGCUUCUGCUUCCCGAGCUCGAGAAGGGCAUGCUCGACAGCUCGUGGCGUAUCCGCCAGUCCUCCAUCUCGCUUACCGGCGAGCUGCUCUACCGUGUCACCGGCAUCAGUGGCAAGGUCGAGUUGGAGGAGGAUGAGACCGCUGGCCGUGGUGCCGACCAGGCGCGCAAGGCGCUUCUCGAGGCUCUUGGCCAGGAGCGCCGCGACCGUGUCCUCGCUACACUCUACAUCGUUCGCCAGGACACCGUCUCGACCGUCCGCCAGGCGUCCAUCCACAUCUGGAAGGCGCUCGUCCACAACACUCCCCGUACCACCCGCGAGAUCCUGCCGAUGCUCAUGCAGCUCCUCGUCUCGCUGCUUGGCUCGCCCCACAUGGACCAGCAGGAGACUGCUUCGCGUACCAUCGGCGAGCUCUGCCGCAAGAACGGCGAGCGCAUUGUCGGCGAGAUUGUGCCUAUUCUCAGGAAGGCUAUCUCGUCUACCGACUCCCGCACGAAGGAGGGAGCGUGUCUCGCCUUCAGCGAUGUCAUGCAGUCCGCUUCCAAGGACGCCAUCGAGAACCACGAGGACGUCAUCAUCUCGUGUGUCCGUGGCGCUCUUGUGGACCCCAACCCCGAUGUCCGCACCGCGGCCGCUCAGACCUUCGACACCAUGCAGCAGUACAUGGGAGCCAAGGCCAUCGACCAGACCAUCCCGACGCUCCUCGAGGCCAUGCGUGGCGAGGGCGAGGCCUCAGAGACCGCUCUCCAGGCACUCAAGGAGGUUAUGAACGUCCGUGCCAACAGCGUCUUCCCCGUUCUCAUCCCCACCCUCACCGCUCAGCCCAUCAGCGCCUUCAACGCCCGUGCCAUCAGCGCACUCGUUCGCGUUGCCGGCAGCGCCCUCAACCGCCGCAUCGACACCCUGCUUAGCGCGCUGGUCAAGUCGCUCGAGGCGAACCCCUCCGAGGACGUCAAGCCUGACCUCGAGGAGGCCAUCGAGGCGCUCUGUGCUUCCGUUGAGGAUUCGGACGGCAUCCACCUCCUCAUGAUGCUCCUCUUCGGCUGGGCCAAGGACGUCAACCCUACCCGCCGCGCCACUGCGUGCAACAUCUUCGGUACCCUCUGCCAGGUCAACGAGGAGGACAUGGACGACUACCGCGUCGACUGGAUCCGCAUCCUUGUGGGCCUCAUGGACGACUCAGACGAGGGCGUCGUCACUGCUGCCUGGGAGGCGCUCGACCACUUCGUUAAGACGAUCCACAAGGACGAGCUGCAGACGCUCGUCGUGCCGCUCCGCCGCACGAUCGAGUCGACCGGCGCCCCCGGCCGCACCGUUCCUGGAUUCUCGCGCCCGAAGGGUGUCCAGUCGCUUGUCCCCAUCCUGCUCGCCGGUGUUCUCAGCGGUACCCAGGAGCAGCGAGAGCAGGCCGCAUUUGGUAUCGGAGAUCUCGUCCAGCGCACUUCCGAGGCUGCCAUCAAGCCGUAUAUCAUCCAGCUAACUGGUCCUCUCAUUCGUGUCAUCUCCGGCCAGUCCAUCGCGCCCCAGAUCAAGGGUGCCAUCCUGCAGACUCUCACUGUGCUCCUGGAGCAGGUGCCGCAGCUUGUGCGCCCCUUCCACCCGCAGCUCACGCGUACCUUCGUCAAGAGCGCGUCAGACCCCGCCGCGCUUUCCAUCCGUGUCAGGGCCGCGACUGGUCUCGGCGAGCUCAUGAAGCACCAGCCGCGUGUCGACCCGCUGAUCACGGAGCUGAUUGGUGCGGUCCAGACCGGCGAGCGCGAGGUUGCGCCGUCGGUUGUUUCGGCUCUUGCCGCCGUGUGCAACAGCGCGGGCCAGAACAUCGGCGCCGCGGCCAAGACAUCGAUCGUCGAGCUCAUCGAGGAGGCGUUCAUGGGCGGCCACGGCGACAGCUACAACAACGCCAUCGCGUCCGUCGCGGCCGGACUCGCCAAGGCGGACGCCGAGGCCCUGCGCCCGAUAGUCGACACGUUCCUUGCGCCGGCGACGCCGCCAGCGUCCCUCGUCAGCAUCUGUAUCCGCACGAUGCUCGAGGACUCGCCGGAUGCGUUCUACGAGCUCGAGUGCACCGAGGACGUCGCGAAGAAGAUCAUGGCCAGCCUCGGCUCGGACGCGGCCAACAUUGCCCGUCCGUCGCGCGAGGCCCGCGAGCUCUUCCGCUCCCAGCCGAGGUAUAAGGACGACGCGGCCGUGCAGGCUAUCGUCAAGUAA